AUGAAUCCGCCCUCAAUGCGGAGUUUUACGGUGCUCUCUCUUUAUCGGAGAGCAUUGCGCAUUUCCAAGCUAUUUAGAGACCCUCAAGUGGGGAAAAGAUUUGCCUUGAACUGCAAGGAUACAAUCAAACUAUAUGCCGAGCCAGAUAGAUGCGAAACCCUUGAGCAAUAUGGCUCCACUCAACAGGAGGCAUUGCAAAACCUCAUCGGGGAGCAAAUGAGGUCCCUGGAUACAUUUGAAAAAAUUCUUAAAUGGGACCUGACGCGCAUUGAUGGCCAUACCCCUCUGGUAUACUUUGAAAGCAAGGUUUUAUUAGAGGAUAAAUUAAAUAAAUUUUAA